AUGCUAGGAACAGCCGAUUCGAAGCCGGUGAAGCGCUGCAAAGAGGCGGAAGUGGAGUCGCGCGCAGAAGAGGACCUCGUCAAUGCAUCUGGCCACCGGCAGGAGGUUGAUCGCAACUUUGGGCUGUUCAAUAUCAUCGGCCUGGGGCUUUCGAGUGGGAAUACCUGGAUUGCCUUGGGUGGGAGCAUAGUCACUGCCAUCGGCAAUGGCGGACCACCAGGCGUCAUAUAUGAGCUGAUAGCGGCAUCCGUCUUCUACUGGUUCAUCGCGGCGUCGAUUGCCGAGCUGGCAUCUGCUUUGCCCUCUUCUGGCGGAGUCCACCACUGGGCCUCGGUGACAGCAGGCCCAUACGGGCGUGUCUGCGGCUGGUUCGCGGGCUGGUGGAACUUCUUCGCGUGGAUCUUCGGGGCGGCCUCGACGACGCAGAUUGUCGCCGCGCAGUCAGUGUCCAUGUACGCGCUCUUCCACCCCGGGUUUGAAUGGCAGCGGUGGCAUGUGUUUGUCUCGUACAUCAUCAUCACCUGGAUGUGCUGUCUGCUCGUUGCAUUCGCGAACCGGGCCAUGCCCACCGUUGAAGCCCUGGGAGGCACUCUGGUCCUGCUCGGGUUCAUCAUCACACUCGUCGUCUGCGCCGUCAUGCCCCAUCGGAACAACCAACCGUACGCAUCCAACUCCUUCGUCUGGCGCGACUGGAAGAACGAAACCGGCUGGUCCAGCAACGGCCUCGUCUUCUGUCUAGGCAUGCUGAACGGCGCCUUCGCCGUCGGCACAGCCGAUGUCAUCUCGCAUCUCGCGGAGGAAGUACCGCGUCCGGCCAAAAACAUCCCCCUAGGCAUCCUCGCGCAGUACGUGAUCGGAUUCAUCACAGCGCUGUGCUUCGCAGCCGGCAUCUUCUACGGCAUCUACGACCUAGACGCCGUCGUGAAGAGCGCCGACCUCUUCCCCCUCACCGAGAUCUACCGGCAAACCACCGGCUCCGCAGGCGGCUCGCUCGGCCUGCUCAUCGUCGCCAUGAUCCCGUUAUUCGCCGCCAUAAUCGGCUGCUAUCUCACCUCCAGCCGCGUCUUCUGGACCCUGGCCCGCGACCAUGCAGCCCCCUGCAGCCAUUUCUUCAGCCGCAUCAACCGCACGCAGCGCAACCCGUUCAACUCCAUCCUCCUCUGCGGCCUUUUCUGCACCGUCCUCGGUUGCAUCUAUGUCGGAAAUUCCACCGCGUUCAGCGCCUUUGCUGACUCGUUCGUCGUGCUCACCUCCCUGUCCUACCUGGCCGCUAUUCUGCCACAUUUGCUGACGAAUCGAGCCAAUCUCAGACCCGGCUGGUUCCGGAUGAAGGGCUAUGUAGGAUAUGUGGUGAAUGCGAUUUCCUCGCUGUAUAUCAUUGUGUUCGUGGUGCUGUUUUGUUUUCCGUUUGCAAUGCCGACUGAUCCUCAGAAUAUGAACUAUACGUGCCUCAUUACGGGGGGGUUGUCGCUGUUUAUUGUGGCAUUUUGGUUCUGGAGGCAGGGGGAUUACGAGGGGGCCUGUAGCGCCGCUGGGUUAGUGACCGGUUGGCGGAGGAUGCCGUAUAGGAUAGAGCUCUAUAGAACUUCAAGAACGUAG